ACAAAAAUGGCGCUAACAUCAAACUAAGGUCCUAGGCAUUUUUAAGUUUCCUUUUUCAUCGUGUACCUUUUUACGCUUAAAAUUACAUCAUUCUGUUGAGUGUUGAAAUCAUUGAGAUUGUCCAUCUAUCUACAACUUCAUGAUGGCCACUUCAUCUCCGGAUGAGAGGACUAUCUUCAUCAGUGGUGUGAAGGUUGUGUUCCCAUGCAAGCCUUACCCGUCACAGUUCAGCAUGAUGGAUAAGGUCAUCAAGGGUCUUGAGCGGCGGCAGAACAGUUUGCUGGAGUCUCCAACUGGCAGUGGUAAAAGCCUUGCACUGCUUUGCUCUGCCUUGGCCUGGCAGAAUGCUCAACAUGAGAGGAUCACACAGGAUGCCAUGAGACAGCAGUCAGAUGCCUGUUGCAAGUCCUGUCAGUGCAAGACCAACAAGUCUGACAGGAAGGUAGAUACCACUUUGCAAACAGAAGCUGCCAAUGGUGUGGAUAACCCCAUAGAACUAAGUGAUGAAGAGGAUUUCAAACCAGCCAAGAAACCCUCUCCAAAACUGCCUGAAGUUAAAAAGCGUGGCUAUGUUACUAUUGCCUAUGAGGAAUCUGGUGACUGCACGUGUGGGACUGGGGAGGCUGCCCAGAAACGGAGGGAGAAAGUUCCAAAGAUCUAUUUUGGCACGCGGACACACAAACAGAUUGCCCAGAUCACCCGAGAGCUACGGAAGACAGCAUACCAUGAUGCCAGGAUGGUGAUACUGGCCAGCAGGGAAUACACCUGUAUCAACCCAAAUGUGACGAAACUAAAAAACAAGAGCGAGGGGUGUAGAGAGAAGCUGGAUGGUCCUGGUUGCAAGUUUAAUGACCGCUCCAAGCGUGUGUUCCUGACCCAGGGUCAACUGCAGAGUGAACUGCCUACUGCCUGGGAUCUGGAGGACCUGGUGUCCACCUGUACAGUCAAGAAGGCCUGUCCUUACUUCGUCACCCACAAUGUCAUAGAUCAGGCAGACAUUGUCUUCUGUCCAUACAACUACCUCAUUGAUCCACUUGUGCGGAAAAGUAUGGAGAUCAACUUGAAGGAUCAGAUUGUGAUUCUAGAUGAGGCUCACAACCUAGAGGACUCGUCCCGUGAUGCAGCCAGUGGCAGUAUAACCACUGAGCAGAUCUCCAGUGCCAUACACAACCUGCAGGAACUAUUAGAGAACAAUGUGAAGUUUCCUGAGCAUCUCAAGAUAAGGAACAUGCUCGAGAGUUUGCUGGGAUUCCUUCAGGAGAGCUCAGAGCAUCUCCAGCAGGCUGACUAUGACAGUGCAUACAAGGUCUGGUCGGGCUUUGAUAUUGUGGCCCGUCUUAAAAAUGUCGGGCUCGGACCUGACAACUACAAGGAAGUAGAGCGUAGUUUCGAGGCUGCCAUAAGUUCGGAUGAAGAUGUUGCAGUUCGUGACCGUCGUAAUCAGCUUCUGAGGAUGAGCAGUAGCACCGGCAAGCUGUUGGAGCAACUCUUCCAGAUCCUGCACUACAUGUACAGGGAGGACCUGAAAUAUGUUGAGGACUACAGAGUCUGUGUCCUGAAGUCCACACAGUUUGUACCGAAUCGAGACACUGGUGACCGAUGGCUGGGCAAGAACAGAAGAGGGGGGUCAAGAGUGGAAGUGUUGACCCUUAACUUCUGGUGUAUGAAUCCUGCAGUGGCUUUCUCAGACUUCAGUGUGUGUCGUAACGUCGUGUUGAGCAGCGGAACUCUCUCCCCUAUGUCCACCUUUGCCUCUGAGCUUGGUACAGAGUUCCCUAUACAGCUGGAGGCUAACCACAUCAUAGAGGACAAGCAGGUGUCUGUGAACGCUAUUGGUGUGGGACCUAGUGGCCAUACACAGCUGCAAGCUGUAUACAAGAACAUGGAGACCCUGGCUUUCCAGGAUGAGCUGGGACGUCUCAUACACCGUGUCUGUCAGAUUGUACCUCAUGGCGUGCUGUGUUUUCUGCCAUCUUAUCGGGCUCUGGAGACAUUCUCAAGGCGGUGGAAGCUCACGGGUCUGUGGAAGGAGUUGUGUAGUCGCAAGCGAGUGAUGAUGGAGCCUCGGUCGGCGGACAGGGAGGAGUUUGACGGGAUGAUGCAGGCAUUCUACGACGUGGUUAGUGGUGACACUUCCAGCAGCUACGUAAACGAAGUUGGUCUAGAGGAGGACACGUCUGGUAUUGAUGGAGCUCUGUUCUUUGCUGUAUGUCGGGGCAAGGUCAGUGAAGGGAUGGACUUUGCUGACAACAACGCCAGAGCCGUCAUUACGGUUGGAAUCCCCUUCCCAAAUUUCAAAGACCUCCAGGUGAAGCUGAAGCGGGAGUACAAUGACCAGCACCGUGCAGAGCGAGGUCUCCUCAGUGGGGCAGACUGGUACGAGAUCCAGGCCUUCAGGGCCCUUAACCAGGCACUGGGACGCUGUAUACGACAUAGGAAGGACUGGGGAGCCCUGAUCAUGGUGGACGACAGAUUUGUGAAGAACAAAGACAAGUACAGCAGAAGUCUUUCGCGCUGGGUGAGGUGCAAGGUUCGAGCCCACAACAACUUCAGGGAGUUUGAGGAGGCACUGGUAGAUUUCACAGAGCGCAUGCAGCGUGAGAUGCUGCCAGUCAGUGCUGACACAUCGUUCAUCCCCAGUACGCCCAUCAGUGGUAGAUGUGACUCGGUGUACAAGCGCAAGUCCCUAGAUAACACGGUUGGAUGUAGCCCCAGUCAGGCAUCACCUUACUUCAGCAGUCCCUCAGCAGUUGAGAAUGCAACAGGAAGCAGGCACCAGUCCCCAGCUGCAGCUUCCAGCCUCCAGCUCCAAAGCAUUCAACAUAUUACAGGGAACCAGUUGGCCAAGGAAAGCAACUCUGAUGUGGGUUGUCUGCCCACUAAGCAAGGACAUCGGGCAAAACAAUUGGAAGAUAAAAUCCAAGCAAACCAAUGUCCAGGAAAGCUCACUCCAAUUGUUCCUGGUCCAACCCUGGUGUACAAGCUCACGCCAAGCACCCUUCCACCUGAGGAGCAGCUCCGUGCAUUCCUGAGCUCAAAGGGUGUGCCCAAGGCCCAGUCCUACUAUGUUGUGUGUAACGAGGGAAAACCUAAUGAGUCAGCAUUCUUUAUUGAACCCAAUAUGAAGAACAAAAGUGAACAAGUGGUCCAUAAGGACUCCCCAAAGCAGAUGGAACCCGACUCAUCCACUGUGGAUCUCCCAUUAACCCCUCAGAGUCCUUUCUCUACUGGCUCCCCGGCUGAAAGAUCAUCUUUGCUCACUGCUGGAACAGCCUUAACCACUGCUGGAACAGCCUUGCCCACUGCUGGCACAGCCUUGCCCACUUCUGGAACAGCAUUUCUCACUGCUGGCACAGCCUUAACCAUUGCUGGAAUGGCCUUAACUACUGCUAGAGCAGCCUUGCCGACUUCUGGCGCAGUCUUGCCUACUGCUGGAAAAGCCUUGCCCACUGGUGAAACAGCAGUUCUUAUUGGUGAAAUAAACUUUCCCACUGGUGGAACAGCCUUGUCCAUAGCUGGAACAGGCCUAGCACCUAACAGACAAGUUUCUGUCCUUAGUGGACAAGACAUGAACACCAAUGAAACAGCAGCAACCGAUGAUGACAAUGUUGUGACGUCUAGUAGAACUGUCUUUGACCAGCACAACAAUUUCCUUAAGUUCUGUCAACUACCUGUGUCGAGAAUAAAAACAGAAUUUUCCCCUGCUGCAUUAACUCAACUAGAUGUGAAACAGGAACUUACAGAAGCCAAUAUUUCAACAGCAGCUAUAUUAGACACCGUGGUGGACACAAAGCCAGACAUUACAAAAUUCGGCAGUGUUAAGGACAAGAAACCUAUCUUCAAAAAACGACUUUCAGUUGUCAACGACCUUGGCACAUCAGGAGAUAAACAGUUUAUGAGAAAAACAAAUGAUACUGGAGCAGAUAUUAAAGACGAGAUAGUUGAACCUAAUACAGAUGGAAAUAAAAAUGCGACAAUAGUUGGUAAAAUCAAGGAAUCGGAGGAAUCAAUGGUUAAAGGAAAGAGUGGAGAAAGUUCUGGGAUAAGAGGGCACAACAGCAAAUCUGUGGUUGAAAAGUUGAGAAUGUUACGCAGACAAUCCAAAGACAAUGCAAACAACACCAAUACUUUGUUUAAUUGUAAUGAAGGAGAAGAAGUUGUUCAAAGUGUCCCACAGGAAUUAGCUGUGGUCAACCUAGAUGACAGUAUUCUAGAUGGUGCAGGGUCCAGUGAAAACUCAGAUGAAGAGUUCUUGAAUACACGUCGGCGAGGUGCGAGGAAACGCAAGUCCACCUCAAAAUAUGAGGACUGGGCCAAGAGAAGCAAGAAAGGAGUGAAAUAUAAGGAGGAGGGGGACAGCUUUGAGAAGGAAAACUAUAUACCAUGCAAGCAUUUGAUGUGUGCCAGCUGUGGCAAGAAACUGCUCAAUUUAACAGACUAUGAGAGAAGAAAACGUCACCCUGGGUUUGUUGAAGGUGUGUUCAAGAAGAACACAGAACUGCUAUACUUUUGUGAUCCAAAACUAGACAUGGCCCAGCUUGCCCCAGUCACAGCUCAGUCGCAUGUUAAAGGUGUGAGGUUGAACAGCAUGUACGACAGUGUGUCUGGUUGUUGUACAGAGUUCUUGCGCUGUGUUCACUGUGAGGACAAUCCGUUACUGGGUGUCAGAGUUCUACUUACAGACUCCAGUUCCACAUACAAGACAGGGCAGACUUGGCUUGUAUCUUCUGCGGUGAAGAUGCAGUGAGAGCGAAUCCAGUUCAAGGUGGAAAGGAAGUUUCAGAGUCAUUGAUACACAACUUAACAAUGUUCUCUUAAUGUUCAGUUUCAUAAACAAAUAUGACUGAUUGCUUAUCUAUAAUAUUUAUAUCUAUGUAUUUAUAGCCAUGUGGUUUGGCCAAUUAAAGUGUUCUUUGAAUCUAGAGAUCAGUAUAAGGGCUCAGCUGUGAAGGAAACAGUGGUGAUAAGUUCUCCCUCUAAUUACAUGAAGAAGUAACUUAUAGUCCUUUUGAGAUUUACUUUCAGCAAGAAAUGGAACUGAUAAUAUUAAAUGAACUCUGUUCAAUACAGUAAUAACACAACAAACACACCUGUGUUUGUUUAUAGUUAUUAAUGUUUUUCCUCAAACUGCCAAUUUCGAGUUGUUUCUGAUUAAUGAUGAAGUGUGUGGUGUAAUUAGGUAUAAAACAAGUGAAGAGUGUAUUUAAGGCUGAACAGACACCACUUCUCUUUUUAGUUGCCUCGCUUCUCCCUUAUUUCAGCUGAGUGAGAAGUCACUUUUCUCUCAAAUUUGAACGUAUGCUGAGCCCCGAGUCUGUUCCAUGAUGUCUUGCAAUUUAGAUUUACUCUGGAUUCCUUGGUGAAGACUUCAUACUGAACGUUGAUAAAUGAAUAUGCAGUACUGGUGUUAUGAUCUCGCUUUAUUUAAUAUUAGAUAAGGAUUUUAAACUUUAAAUUUCAUUUUAGUUCUUUGGAGAUGAAUGUAAAAUCUUCAGAAUAACUCUGUAGAAAAGUGUGAUAAUGUUUGUUGUUACAUUUCGUGUCAUACAACUAGUUCCCAGUUAUUGUUUAACUGGUCAGAUUAUAGCAUGUAUUUAAUGUUUAAGCGCGCUUUCAUUUUUAAUGAUUGAAGAUUUUUAUCAAUUCUGUAGAAUUUAAAGAACAUUGUGUAUAUAUUGAUAUUGACCCUGAUUCACUUUGUCUGAUUCCUGUUUUUGCAAUACUGCAAUUGUUCAUACCUUUAAUGUAUCUUUUAUAAUUGCCAUAUAAAAUUUGAUGGAGAAAAACUAAAUUGUUCAAGCAAUUGAAUUUGAAUUGUUAAUAUGUAAUAACUAAUGCAGUGUACAAGUGCAAGAUACACUUUUCACAUCAGUUAUACUUAUCCUUGAGUUAAGUGCCCCUGAACUACAUGUAUGCCCUUAGCAUGGCUAUGACAGCCAUGCCUGAUGCAAAGUGGUGGUGGAGAAAAUUGUUGAUAAUUCACUGCAAGCAACACAAUAUAUUCAAUGCAUAAUGACAAUAAUUAAAUAAUUUUUAAUCAUAUUGUGAUAAGUGAAUCUUUUCAUAGGAUUAAAAGAAGUUAUGCCUACUUGUUGCCGAAUAAGUUUUGUUGAUUUGUUCAUUAUUUGUUUGCAAAAUUCAUAUUUUUGAAUAUUCUAUAUUCACUAGCAUUUGUCUCUUUAUAUACAUAUAUUAAAUAUAUAGAACUG